UCCAAAUGCGCAAUUCCCAAAUUGCGUUGGAGCAGCCAAGUUCGACUGCCGUCUGGGCAAGAUAACCACAACGUGUAUGCAAGUGAGGGCAGUCAUAUGAGCGUCACUUGUGUGUCGGAGUUGCCACAGGGCGCCAUUUCUUUAAGUUUUAAGUAAAGACGGAUUGCAGAGGUGAGGUGCGAUGUCACGACGUGAAUGCAAUGGGAAGUGUUUCUUAAAGUGAAAAAGGUAUCUUUGCCACCAUGGCCUCCAACCCCAAGUCGUCCCUGCUGAAGGUCAUCUUGCUGGGGGACGGCGGCGUGGGCAAGUCCUCGCUCAUGAACCGCUACGUGGCCGACAAGUUCGACACGCACCUGUUCCACACCAUCGGCGUGGAGUUCCUCAACAAAGAGCUGGAGGUGGACGGUCGACCGGUCACUUUACAGAUCUGGGACACGGCGGGCCAGGAGCGCUUCCGCAGCCUGCGCACGCCCUUCUACCGGGGCUCCGACUGCUGCCUGCUGGCCUUCAGCGUGGACGACAGCCAGAGCUUCUUCAACCUCACCAACUGGAUGAAGGAGUUUGCCUACUACGCGGACGUGCGCGAGCCGGACCGCUUUCCCUUCGUGAUCCUCGGCAACAAGGUGGAUGUGCCCGAGAGGCAGGUGUCUCCGGACGAGGCCAACCGGUGGUGCCGUGACAACGGCGGGCACCCGUACUUCGAGACCAGCGCCAAGGACGCCACCAACGUGACAGCGGCCUUUGAGGAGGCGGUGCGGCGCGUGCUAGCGUCCGAGGACCGGGCGUCGGCGCACGUGCUGCCACCUGAGACGGUGGAUCUGCGGAGGGACCCGCACUCUGGCAACCCCUGCUGUUGAGGAGGAGGAAAUGCACUGUCAAGAUAGGUGGCGAGAGGGAGAGAGAGAGCAAGAGAGAGAGAGAGAGACUGAGACCGAGAGACCGAUAGACCACUGGGAGACACACUCUAGCAACCCCUGCUGCAGAUGAAAAGGAACUGCAGUCUGAUGGGCAGAGAGACCACUGGAAUCCACACUCUAGCAACCCCUACUGUUGAGGAAGGGGAACUACUGCACAGUCGAGAGAGAGAGAGAGAGAGAGAGAGAGAGAGAGAGAGAGAGAGAGAGAGAGAGAGAGAGAGAGAGAGAGAGAGAGAGAGAGAGAGAGAGAGAGAGAGAGAGAGAGCAUUGAAUCUGCACUCUAGCAAACCCUGCUGCUGAGAAUUAGGAACUGCACAGACAGAUUCAUUCCACUUGAGUGUAUGUAUUCUACCCUUGCAUGCAAGAGGUUUCAUGAUUUCCCAUACAGUAUGUAUCUGACUGAAAGAUUAUCCUAACUACCUGUAUAUUCAGUUGAUUGUCAAUGGUUGUACUUGUAACUAAGACGUGUUAUGACCAUUAUAUUCAAGGAGGUCUUAUUCAGCCAUAUGACAGUGGAUAGUUAAGGUAGUUCUAGAUGCCAAAGAC